AUGGGGCGGGCAAGCACGAUCAACAAGGAUUUCAAUUCGGAGGAAUUGGGCAUGGAGAAUCAUGCUUUGCAAGACCUCGACUCCGCCAUCACCGAGGAGGAGGUUUGGGAGGCUAUAAAGGAGAUGCCUAGCGAUAAGGUGUCGGGUCUGGACGGAUUCACGGGGAUGUUCUUUAAGAAGUGUUCGGGAACCAUCAAGCAUUCGAUCAUGGGGGUCAUUCAGCGAUUUGAUUCUCUGCACACCUCCAACCUUCAGUGGCUAAAUUCGGCCAACAUUGUUCUGUUGCCAAAGAAGGAUGGCGCGGAAUACAUCUCUGAUUAUAGGCCCAUUAGUCUCAUCCACACCAUCGCUAAAAUCAUUGCCAAGAUUCUGUCGCUUCGGCUUGCGCCCCACAUGGACGAUCUUGUCUCCAACGCCCAGAGUGCAUUCAUCAAAAGGAGAAGUAUUCAUGACGACUUCAUUGUCUCUCUGCUUGUCUUCUUGGCGUCGUGGUCAUGCGCCGCGGCCAGGGGCGCACGGGCACCGAGAGCCGCCGACCCGACCUAUGGGUUCACGUCGGUGAGGCUCGACGAGAGCAACUUUGUGCUGCAGCGCCCCUACGACGAGGCGAGCGGCGCACGCUACAGCUUCGACGGCACCGUGCGGAAGCUCUGGGUGCUCGCCUCCGACAAGCCCCAUGCCCGCCAGAGCCAUACCAGCCCAAGAACUGAAAUCAGGAUGGCAGGCUACGACUACAGCUCGGGCGUGUGGCAGUUCGAGGGCUACGGCUACGUCCCCUCCGGCACCACGGGGGUGUCUAUCAUGCAGGUGUUCGGCGCCGGCGAGACGGCCACCACGCUCAUGCUACACGUCUACGAUGGCGCGCUGCGGUACUACGACCGGCAGCUCGUGGAGGACGCCAUCUAUGACAGAUGGUUCCGGCUGAACGUGGUCCACGAUGUCGAGGCGUCGACGCUUACCGUGUACAUCGACGGCGAGCAGAAACUCCACGUCCACGGCCGUGGCGGGGACUCGCACUACUUCAAGUUCGGCGUGUACGCGCAGAACCACGACUCCAGCUGCAUGGAGUCUCGCUGGAAGGACGUGAGGAUCUUCAAGAAGCACUAG